CGCUCAUCCUUACAAAACCCGUCUCUGCUUUUAGCUUUUCUUGAGCAGAUCAUAAACAGAAAACAUUAAUAUGAGCUCUAAUUGUAGUUGUUCUCUUUUGAGUCUCUUCUCUCUCCUUCUGAUCAUUGAUCUCACCGUUGCUAGCUCUUGUCCUAAGACAUGUGGAGGAAUCGACAUCCCGUACCCGUUUGGAAUCGGAACGGGUUGCUAUCUCGAGAAAUGGUACGAGAUUAUUUGUGUCAACAACUCUGUUCCUUUUCUUUCCAUCAUUAACAGGGAAGUUGUGAGUAUCUCUUUUUCGGAUAUGUAUCGCCGGUUCUUUAACGUAGGCUACGGGUCAAUUCGCAUAAGAAACCCAAUAGCUUCAAAGGGAUGCUCAAGUGGCGGACAAGAGUUUGGAUCACUUUUAAAUAUGACAGGUUACCCUUUUUACCUUGGCGACAACAAUAUGCUCAUAGCGGUUGGCUGCAACAACACGGCGUCGUUGACAAAUGUCGAGCCAAGUAUUGUGGGAUGCGAGUCUACUUGCAGCACAAAUCAAGAUAUACCUAUAAAUGAUUAUCUCGGGGUACUCUACUGUAAUGCUAGGUAUGGCGAUUCCGAGUAUUGUAAAAAUAUUUCCAUUAUGAAUGAUACAAGCUGCAACGGUAUUGGAUGCUGCAAGGCAAGUUUGCCCGCUAGGUAUCAACAGAUUAUUGGUGUGGAAAUAGAUGAUAGUAACACAGAAUCCAAGGGAUGCAAAGUUGCCUUCAUAACAGACGAGGAAUACUUUUUGUCAAAUGGAUCUGACCCGGAGAGGCUUCAUGCUAAUGGAUAUGAUACGGUUGACCUAAGAUGGUUCAUCCAUACGGCGAAUCAUUCCUUCAUAGGCUCUCUAGGAUGCAAAAGUAUAGACGAGUACACAAUUCUAAGAAGAGACAAUCGUGAAUACGGAAUAGGUUGCCUUUGCGACUAUAACUCUACAACUACAGGCUAUGCAACAUGUUCAUGCGCUAGUGGUUUCGAAGGCAACCCAUAUAUUCCUGGCGAAUGCAAAGAUAUUAAUGAAUGCGUAAGAGGCAUUGAUGGAAACCCAGUCUGUACGGCAGGCAAGUGUGUCAAUUUGCUGGGCGGUUAUACGUGUGAGUACACAAAUCAUCGACCACUUGUUAUAGGGCUUAGCACUAGUUUCAGCACAUUGGUAUUCAUUGGUGGAAUAUACUGGUUAUACAAAUUUAUUAGAAGACAAAGGAGGUUAAACCAAAAGAAGAAAUUCUUUAAGCGUAAUGGGGGUUUAUUGUUGCAACAACAAUUGACUACAACUGAAGGCAACGUGGACAGUACAAGAGUGUUCAACUCAAGAGAGUUGGAGAAAGCCACCGAAAACUUUAGCUUAACCAGAAUACUAGGCGAAGGAGGUCAAGGUACAGUGUACAAGGGAAUGCUUGUAGACGGUAGAAUAGUAGCAGUAAAGAAGUCCAAAGUCGUAGACGAAGACAAGCUAGAAGAGUUCAUCAACGAAGUCGUCAUUCUCUCACAAAUCAACCAUAGGAACAUCGUAAAACUCUUGGGGUGUUGCCUAGAGACAGAUGUCCCUAUUCUAGUCUACGAAUUCAUUCCUAAUGGUAACCUUUUUGAGCAUCUUCAUGAUGAUUCCGAUGAUUAUACGAUGACUACUUGGGAAGUGCGUCUUCGUAUUGCUGUAGAUAUUGCAGGAGCGCUUUCAUAUUUGCACUCGGCUGCAUCAUCUCCAAUCUAUCACAGAGACAUCAAGUCUACAAACAUAAUGUUAGAUGAGAAACAUCGAGCCAAAGUGUCCGAUUUUGGUACUUCAAGAACGGUGACCGUGGAUCAUACCCACCUCACUACAGUAGUUUCAGGCACGGUGGGAUAUAUGGAUCCAGAGUAUUUCCAGUCGAGCCAAUUCACAGACAAAAGUGAUGUUUAUAGCUUUGGAGUCGUGCUAGCGGAGCUAAUCACUGGAGAAAAAUCAGUCUCUUUUCUGCGAUCUCAGGAAUAUAGGACAUUGGCAACUUAUUUCACUCUUGCAAUGAAAGAGAACAGACUCUCCGACAUUAUUGAUGCUCGAAUAAGAGAUGGUUGUAAGUUGAAUCAAGUGACAGCAGCCGCAAAAAUUGCAAGGAAAUGUUUGAAUAUGAAGGGAAGGAAACGACCAAGUAUGAGACAAGUAUCGAUGGAAUUGGAGAAGAUUCGUUCAUAUUCUGAAGAUAUGCAGCCGUAUGAGUAUGCUAGCGAAAACGAAGAAGAAAAAAAAGAAACAUUAGUGGACGUUAACGUAGAGUCGAGAAACUACGUGAGUGUUACCGCCGCAUCAUCUCAAUACAGCAUUGCUACAACAUCUUCGUCGCGGUCAGAUGUUGAACCAUUGUUUCCUCGGUAAUAUAUUAACCAUGCAUGCAAACAAAUUUAUUACUACCUCAUAUCUUUGCAUUUACGUUCUGUUUUGGUCUUUACGUGUGAAGUUAUUUCUAUAAAUGUCGUCACUCGUCAAUUUGUGUUAUUAACCAUACAGAUCUGUUUGUAACCACUUUGUAGUUUGUACUUUGUACUAUACACUUCCCAAUACAUAAGAAUAAUUUCAUAGUUUACUUCUUU